AUGAAUCAACAAGUUGAUCCAUUACAGUUAAACAUCAUCCAGUUAUAUAAUCCAGACUUUAUAACGAGCAACGAUAGAAACUAUUUGAUUAGUCUAUUCGGACAAGGAGAAUCUUACUUUAUAAUUCCAAUCAUUGUACAAUCAGACGACAAAGCCCUGGGAAGAUUCGAAAUUUUACAACAACUCUUUGAAAAAUAUCGGCCAAAUAAAGAAUUUCUAGCAGCAUUUUAUUGGAAAGGCGAAGAUUUCUUAGUUAUAGAAUUGAAAAGCGAAUCGAAGCUAAUUGAUGAAAUAAUAAAGGAACCAUUUAUCAUCAACAGCAAGCAAAUAACAUCUCUACGUGAAUUUUCAAAUUUUUUUAUCAAUAGAAUUAUCAUUUCAUAUUUAACGCCUAAUACCAUAGUCAAAGUACACGAAAUACCUGACAAUCCAGAUGUAGCCGUUAUUUUUUCAAAUAGCUUUAACGAUGAUGGCAUUUAUAAAGGAAUUUCUGUUAAAAGGUUACCACGCAUAGAUUACCCACAAUUGAAUAGUCGCUCCAUGAAAUUACAAAGCAGGCUUAACGAAGUCAUGUUUAAAACUAAUAAUAAAUAUCUUCCUCCAAAAGCUCAGUUUAAUGCAGGCGCUUAUCCAGAUGUGACUAAGAAAGGUUCUAUUUUGCAGAAUGGCGAAUCAACUGACAUAUACAUAUGGGAUAAUAAAAAAUUUAAAGAUGAAUUUGAAAUUGUCAAAAUACCAUAUAGAUCAAUCGAAAUCAAUCCAAGUUUUUCAUCAUCAGAGAUCUCUAGUUGUUUGCCAGCUGAAAAAACAUUAGUUCAGAACUAUAUUAAGUCAAAAUCUAAAAAUGAGCAGCCAGCAUUAACUUCAAUCUCUAAAAAUUUACAGGAUGAUCAACGAGUUCGUCCACCUCCACCAAAGGUCGGCCAAUUAAUGAAAUACUCACAAUUGUACCAAAAUGUCAUUUUCAUGGGAUUUCUUCAAUCCCAAGAAGUAAUUUACAGGCCAAGCCUAGAUCUAUUUACCAUUAAUGGUGUCAACUCCCUGGCUGACGUAUCCCGUGUUUCUCCAGGAGUUAUUCAAAUUCAAGAUAUUAACGCCUAUAUGAAUUUUAAGAAGGACAGAUUGAAGUCGCUACAUCUUGUUGAUCCAUAUGCUAUAAAAACUGAAGAUAAAGAAACACAGCCGAUGACAGAAAAAUUUUCAUAUCCUGUUCAGUAUCCAACGAAUCAGAAAAUACCUUUGGAGAAGCUCUCAAUAGUAAGGAAAGCAUAUGUGUACAAAUACGACCUUUUACCUGGCGAUUUGAUCAGAUUAAAAAAUGAUGACAAUGUUUACGCUAUUCAUACGGUCAAUGAUGGAUUCACUUAUGAUCUAUUGAAAAUUGAUAACACUAUUAUGUAUGAUGUCUCAAAAUCAAUGAUAGAAACCGAUCAAAAAAAUAUUCCUAAAUUAGUUAUGCCAUCGAACAAUUGUUUAGAUACAAAUCAAUUCAGAUUGAUGGUACAUGAUAAACUUUUUUAUGAAGGCCAGUCAUGGACGAUUUUGGCACUACAUAACGGUUAUGCAUUGAUUCAAGCAGCCGGAUCAAUGAAAUGGAUCCAAUCCUCUGUAGCACCGUACGAAGGUGAAAAGCCUCCUUCGAAGAAAAUUAAUACUUUCGUUGGAAGAGUUAUCCAAACAUUUAAUAAUGAAAUUUAUACUAUUUACGAGGUUGACUAUGAUAAGGGAUUGUUCUAUUGCGAUAAGGAUCAUGAAAUAUCCUUCAACAUCUGUGAUAGUGGACAAAAAUAUUAUUUUACUUAG